GUUCCAAACACCAAUAGUACGACCAAAUACGUCCAGAUUGAGGACCAAGCCCGCACACGCGCAGGGCGUUGGAACACCUUGACAGGCUCCUGCUCCCAUUUCCCGAAACGUGCAAAGCUCAUUUGCCACUUUCGGGGGACGCAUAUUCUCCCACAUCGAAAGCGGGCAAAUCUCCAAUCCCAAAAUAAGACGCCUCCACACGGCUCCACCUCCAUAUUAAGUGACUACUGUCUCCCGCCUAAACCCUAUAUAUAAGCCCCUCACUCUGUAGAUUCAACGCCUCAGUCCGUCUUCUUCUCCCCUCCUAAAAAAUGAAGCGCCCUCCGAGCAACACCUUGUACGGCCUUUUUCGUUCCUUCCGAGAAAACAACCCGAUUGAUCACAUCCCCUUACCGAACCUCCCGAGCUCUAACUUCGGUCAUGGAAGUCGUCGACAUCGGAAAAACUCCGUGUCCGGCGUAGCUCUCACUUCCUUCAUCGAAGUCGACCCGAGCUCUCACUUCCCCAUACAGCCAAAACCGGCUUCAACGGCUCGACCGGGCGUGGCCAUCGGCGAUUAUGUGUUGGACUUGUCAGCAAUCGCCGCCGCCGGUCUUUUCAACGGUCCGAUCCUCAGAAACUCCGACUGCUUUUAUCAGCCUAAUUUGAACAAGUUCUUGGCCUUGGGACGACCUGCUUGGAAGGAAGCACGUGCUACACUUCAGAAGCUACUUUCAUCUACUGAGCCAACAUUGCGUGACAAUCAAAGUUUAAAGCAGGAAUCACUUAUUCCGUUGAGCGAGGUGGAAAUGCUGCUUCCUGUGGCGAUUGGGGACUUUACAGACUUCUUUUCAUCAAUGGAUCACGUACACGACUGCGGGGCCAAGAUUAGUUAUAAGGCAGGUCAGGCAAUUCCACUGAAAUGGUUGGACCUACCAAUUGCAUAUCAUGGACGAGCUUCGUCGAUUGUUAUCUCUGGAACUGACAUUACUCGACCCAGGUCAAUCAGAGAGGUGUCUCUUGAGACAUUUUUACGUCCAAGACAACCUCCAGGUGGUCUGCUAUAUUUUGGUCCCGCAACGAAACUAGAUUUUGAGCUUAAAAUGGCUGCUGUAGUUGGUCCUGGAAAUGAAUUAGGGAAUCCGGUGGAUGUGAAUGAGGCAGCAGAUCACAUUUUUGGACUUGUCUUGAUGAAUGGCUGGAUUGCUAGAGAUAUCCAGGCAAAGGAAUUUAUUCCCAGUGUGCCUUUCCUAGGAAAAAGUUUUGGAACUACGAUAUCCACUUGGAUAGUGACACUCGAAGCUCUAGAACCAUUUUCCUGUGAUCCUCCCAAAAAGGUUGCAGCACCCCCAUCUAUUGCCCAUGUCGCUGAAAAUAUCUCCAAAAGCUAUGACAUAACAUUAGAGGUUCGAAUUAAACCAGAUGGAGAGAGGCGCUCAUCUGUGGUCACAAAGAGUAAUUUCAACCACUUAAUUUGGACAUUGCCUCAGCAGCUAGCACACCUUACCAUCAAUGGGUGCAACUUAAGGCCUGGAGAUCUCUUUGGAACUGGGACCAUCAGUGGACCUGAGCCAGAAUCUUACGGAAGCUUGCUAGAGCUGACAUGGGAUAAGCCAUUGUCAUUAAACGGCGUUACUCGUGAAUUUCUUGAAGAUGGAGACGAAGUCAUCAUUACUGGUUUUAGCAAGGGAAAUGGCUACAAAGUAGGGUUCGGGAAAUGCUCUGGAAAGAUUGUUCCACCUCCUUGAGCACUUAGAAAUGGCAAGAUCAAAUAUAAACUUCAUUGGAGCUCUCCCAUUCAUUGCACGCUGUAAUUCCUUCCUAUUGUUGUCUAAAAUUGUACUAUUUACUUCACUGCAUAACAUAAUUCCUUUCUCAUUGUUGUCUAAAAUUGUACUGUUUACUUUCACUGCACUCCAUAAUUCCCUUGUCAUUUAUAGGUAGUUCUACUCAAACUCUUGGUGAAUGCUUAUGCUGUUUACUGACAAUACAUUUCAUGAUGGAAUUUAAAGAUCUAAAAAUG